AUGGCAUCUCAAUUUAGUGGCGCCCUACAACUAACAGAUUUAGAUGAUUACAUUACUCCAUCCCAGGAGUGUGUAAAACCAGUUAAAAUAGAAAGAAGACCAGGUAAAGUUGGGAAGAUAAGAAUAGAAGAUGAUGGUAAUUAUUUAGAAGUAUCAGAGGAGGGAGAAGAAACUAAGUUAGAGAAAGCUAAGAUUACUCUGAAUGAUUGUCUAGCUUGUAGUGGAUGUAUCACCUCAGCUGAAACAGUUCUAAUUACUCAACAAAGUCAAGAUGAACUUUAUAGAGUUUUACAACAUAACUCCACUGUUGUUCAGAAGCUAGUUGUGGUUUCAUUAGCACCUCAAUCUAGAUCCUCGUUAGCAGUGAAAUAUAAUCUUAGUUUAAGUCAAACAUCAUAUAAAUUAACAACAUUCUUUAAAAAUUUAGGGGUAGAUUAUGUUUUUGAUACAAAUUAUUCUAGAAAUUUUAGUUUGAUAGAAUGUUGUCAUGAAUUUGUAAGAAGAUAUAAAGAAAGAGAAAAUGAUAAAACAGCUUUACCUAUGUUAGCUUCUGCCUGUCCAGGAUGGAUAUGUUAUGCCGAGAAGACCCAUGGUUCAUAUAUUUUACCAUAUAUCAGUACUACCAAGUCUCCACAACAAAUAAUGGGUUCAUUAAUAAAAGACUAUUACUGUAAACAACAAGGCUGUACACCAGACCAGAUAUACCAUGUAACAGUAAUGCCUUGUUUUGAUAAGAAAUUAGAAGCUUCCAGACCAGAUUUUUAUAAUGAUAUAUAUUCAACUAGAGAUGUAGACUGUGUUAUAACUUCAGGAGAAGUAGAUAAAAUGUUGGAGAAAGAAAAGUUGAAUUUAGCUGAAAUAACAGAUUCACCAUUAGAUACUUUAUUUAGUAAUGUUAUUAAUGAAGAUUUAGUAAGUCAUGAAGGAGGUGGUUCUGGUGGUUAUCUUCAUCACAUUAUUAAAUAUGCUGCUAAACAACUGUUUGAACUAGAUAUACAAAAUAUACAAUAUAAUGUUCUCAGAAAUAAAGAUUUUCAAGAAGUUGUUAUUGAAAAAGAUGACCAAGUUUUACUCAAGAUGGCUAUUGCAUAUGGUUUUAGAAAUAUUCAAAAUAUUGUUCAAAAGAUAAAGAGAAAGAAAUGUCAGUAUCAUUUUGUUGAAAUAAUGGCAUGUCCGUCUGGUUGUAAUAAUGGUGGAGGACAACUUCGACCGGAGUCAGAUGAGACAGUGAAUGAACGUCUAAUACGAGUCAAUGAGUUAUAUCAAACUGAACAAACAUUAGAUCCAUUUGAUAAUUCUAACGUAAAGAAACUAUAUGAAGAAUGGUUAAAUGGACAAGAAAGUGAGAAAGCUAACAGUUUAUUACAUACUCAGUAUCAUGAAGUAGAGAAAAUGACCAAUGCGUUGAAUAUCAAGUGGUGA